AUGUAUGAGUCGACUGAAAAGCACAUGGUGGGCACACGUGCGCCCGAGAGUGACCUCGCUCGGGAGCUCCUAGGCAGCGAUUCCGGCUUGGCGCGGGUGCUCUGUGAGUAUUCCACGCGGGCGGGCAGAUGGGAGGUGCUAGUGGAGGAGGUGCAGAACAUUGAGGAGGAACUCCUAGGCAGCAAUUCCGGUCUGGAGCUCCUAGGCAGCAAUUCCGGCCUGGCGAGGGUCCUCUGUGAGUAUUCAACCAGGGCGGGCAGAUGGGAGGCACUAGUGGAGGAGGUGCAAACGAUCGAAGAGGUCACUCCCACCGAGGGAAAGGCAGGUUCGGGAGCGCUCGCAGGUCCGGUUGGCCGGGCAGGUCCGGGAGGGCUUUCCGAGCCUCAAGGCCUGGGUUGGUCGCAGGAGGAGAGAAGAGCAGGGGGAGUCGGAGGGGGAGAAAGUGUGGGGGAGGGGGGAAAGGGGGGUGAUGGGUUAAGAAUAGCAUGGCAGUAUAAGCACUUGGCUCCCCAGUUUACCGGAGUGGGAUUAGGAGGGCCGGUAGGUGCGUCUGUACCGUACUGCACCGAGUUUGACCUCCGCGCACCGCUGUCCCGGCCGUCGCUAAGGCAUGCGCAGCAGCUGUGCACGUGUGUACCCAUGGGGGUAGAUGCGGUGAUGAUGAUAGGGACAGAUGGCAACUGCGCUCAGCAGGCGCAGCAGCAACACCAGCAGCAGCAGCAGCAGCAGCAUCAGGGGGAAGAGGAGGGCUCGGGACCAGCGUCAGAUUUCACACAAGGCUUCUUUGGCCGUGUGUCAGGCUUCCUCUCCUCCAUUGACUCCCCCACACCUGGGGGGUCUACAGGAAUUGGGGAACGAGGCAUGGAAGGGAGAGGAGGAGGAAGCGGAGGUGGCGGGCGAGGGGGAGAAGGGGGGGGAAGGGUGGGUCGCAUUGGUGUGCAUUCUCUGGGAGCUCCUCCCGCGUUGCUGCUGUCAGGGAAUGAUGCCCAGUGCUUUGAAUGUGCUGCUGAGACUGAGGCUGCAGCAUGCAGCAGACGUGGUGCUGGCGAUGCUCUGGAAGUGACCACUCUGGUGCUGAGAGCAGUGAACAGGAAGCGACAGAUAGUGGUGGAGGAGGCACACCCACCCCCCAUCGAUGCCACAGGGGGAGCAGCAGGUUCAAGCGGUGGAGGAGGCUCGGUUGGAUGUGGUAGUUCAGGCGGGGGAAGCGGUGCUCUGGAUUUCUGA